AUGAAAUUCAGGAUCAUAGAAUUAAAUGUUGUACAACCAUCAUUGUCUAUUCAAAGUAGGAGACCAGUAUUACCAAUCCAGGCGGAUAAAUUAUUGCCACCACUACAAGCAUCAUCGUCAAAAUUAUUCACUCCAAAUACUAAAAAUAUAAAACAAUAUCAAAUAUCCAACGAGAAUAUCAAAAAAUUGUUUAAAUCACAAGUUACGUUUGGACCACUUUCAUCACCAGACAUCUUACAUUCAUAUAAAUUGCCGAGUGAUGAAGUCAAUGAAAUUUUCAAGAAUCCAAAUGCCAACCUGCUCGCCCCAACAUUGGCAAAAUCACUAACAAAUAGAUCAACUGACUUGGCAACUACUCAAGUAAAAAGAAGUAUUGAUAAUGUAUACGAGGUAAAUAAGAGAGUUAAAUUCAACGAUACAACCACCAAUAGUCAACCUGAAAUUUUUGUCGAAUUCAAUAAUAAAACGAGUUCAACAAAUGGAAAAAACACAAAUGAUGUUAUUGACCUUAACUUAGAUGCUGAUAUAACAGAUGAAGCUCAUCAACUGCCUUCUAAUUCCACCAAUAUUUCGGAGCAUAAUAUAAUUAAAUCAAAUUUAGUUGAGGAUUCAACCAGUGCAAAUAUUCAAGAUUCAAAAAACGACACCUCCAACAAUAAUCCCGCAUAUUUAAAUAGAGUUGAAAAUUUAGACAACAACAAAGGCGAAGUUAGUGAGAUUGAAAAUUUGGACAACAAGAAAGGCGAAGUUAGUGAGAUGAACAACUACACAUUUAUCUGUCGCUUUCGCUGGCGGGAUAUUAAUCCAAAAUGUAUCAACGUUCGUGAGCAUAGUAAAGAAGGAGACGAUGUUGAAAUAGCAAAGCUGGUCUUAGCCACUCCAGACAUUACCACAAACUUACAAGAUUCUAAUUCAGAUAAGGAUGCUUCAAUCCAUGAAGGUGACUUUUCCAAUUUAGGAGAUCAAAAUAUUGUUGAGCAAGAACCUGAUACAAAUAAAGAGAAUUGUGUUAAUGAAGAUUCGACUGUUGAUAAUGCAGGUACCCACGAAGAUGUACAAGAUUCUGGAUCAAAUAAUAAUCAUGAUUUACUCAAUCCAAGAAUGACACCAACCUCAAGUAAUUUUCAUAGAGAAAACUUGAUACCAUCUCCUUGUACAUUAACUGGUGGUAGACUUGCUUUAGUUACAGAAAUUACCACAAACCAUGAAUUUAAAGAAGACCAUUUUCAUGAAGGUAAGAAAUUAGAUCAAAAAUCAACGUAUCUUACACCAGAGUUGAGCUCAUCAGAUUCUGAAGUUGAAGAAUUAAAACCAUUAAACCAACGCAAAGAAGAAAAGAUUUUGUCAGCCAAAUAUAUUAAUAAUUUCAAAGUUGAUAAGAAAGUUAGACAUAGGUAUAAAAAUUUCAUUAGAAGAAGAGGUGUUGCAGCAUUUUUAGAGAAAAACUUAAAUGAUUCAGUUACAAAAUAUGAUAUUUGCAAAUUAAUAUUAGAUUUGGGAUAUCCUAAAAAUGCUAUAAAAAACCAUACUAUUCAAACCGUUAAUGAACUUGCUCAGGUAUUAAUCAAAUUAAUUAUGUGGGAUGAACAAGGUGAUUUAAAUACAGUCAACAGAUUUUUCCAACAACAAUAUUCAUUAAGUAAUUUUAUUCAUGAUUUAAGAUCAAAAUCAAAUAUUUUAGUUAUAACAGGAGCUGGUAUCCUGACAUCAUUAGGUAUUCCUGAUUUUAGAUCAAAUGAAGGAUUAUAUUGCAAAUUAAAAAAUCUUAAUUUAUCAGAUCCUCAAAUGGUAUUUGACUUAAUGACUUUUAAAAUUGAUCCAUCUAUAUUUUAUUCAAUAGCUCAUUUAAUAUUACCACCAGAUGAAAAAUUAAGUUUAUUGCAUUGUUUUAUAAAAUUAUUACAAGAUAAAGAAAAACUCAAUAGGUUAUAUACUCAAAAUGUUGAUAAUUUAGAACAAUCAGCCGGUAUCAAUAAUAGAAAAUUAGUUCAAUGUCAUGGAUCAUUUGCAAAAGCAUCUUGCAUCUCAUGUAAAAACACAAUCGAUGGUAAAAGAAUAUAUGGAAAUAUUCGAGAAGGUCAAAUACCUCGUUGCUUUGCGUGUUGGAAUAAGAUUGAAGAAGCACCAUUCAAUCAUGGUAUAUAUAAACCUAAUAUUACAUUUUUUGGAGAAAAUUUGCCUGAAAAAUUCAACGAUUGUUUAAAAAUCGACGUUCAAAAAUGUGAUUUAGUGUUAGUUAUAGGUACAUCAUUAAAAGUUGAACCGGUUUCAAGUAUUAUUGAUAAAAUUCCUAAAACUGUUAAAAAAAUUUUAAUUAAUAAAGAUUCAAUUACUGAUAAAAAGUUUGAUUUGAGUUUAAUUGGGUAUUGUGAUGAAAUUACAGCAUAUUUAUUACAGAAAUUGGGUCAAGAUUGGUUUAUUAAACAUAAAGAUUAUUCAAUUCAUACAAAAUAUAAAAUUAAUAAUCUAGGAGAAAAAAUUAUCAAAAUUUCAAAAAAAACCACUUAA